AUGAGGCAUGCUAGGUGGUUGGAGUUCGUAGAGACCUUUCCCUAUGUGAUCAAUUACAAAAAGGGGGAAGACAACAUGGUGGUCGAUGCCUUGUCCAGGCGUCAUACGCUCAUCACCACCAUUGAGGCUAAGAUUAUGGGAUUUGAACAACUUAAAAUGUUUUAUGCUACUGACCCUGUUUUUGCUGAGCUUUACAGUAAUUCAACAAAAGGAGCAGUAGGUCCAUUCUAUCAGAAUGAUGGAUUCUUUUUCAAGGAGAAACGGCUUUGCAUCCCACGCGGAUCCAUGCGUGACCUGCUGACCAGAGAGGCCCACGGGGGAGAACUAAUGGGGCACUUUGGCCGGGACAAGACCUUAGACGUAUUAUCUGACCACUUCUACUGGCUGCGGUUGAGCGCUAUGUCGAGAGCCUUUGCACCAAGUGCACUGUCUGUCUCAAGACAAAGUCCUGGUCACAUCCCUAUGGUUUACAUAUAA